CGUGCAGAGUCGUUGAGCGCGCCAUUUCCCCUUGAUGUGAAUUUUCCUCCUGCUGGAGAGAGAGGAGAAAAACAACUGAGGACCACGGAGGAGGCGCUGAAGGAGGCAGAACAACUGGGCACUCGCGGGAAGACUGGAGGCACAAGUUGGACCGCAAAGAAGAAGAAACCGCUGACGUGCUGGAAGAAAAUUUCCGUCUACUUUGAGAAGAAGUGUCCGGAAUUUAUCCUCCUGCGUGAAUAAUAAUUUGAGGGUUUUACAUUUUGCUGCAUAAAAGGACACAGCACCAUGACGACAGAGAUGCAAGAGAUAGCCAUCACUGAGGACAAGCCUCUUCUUACAGGCCAGGCCGACUCCACCAAGGAGGCUGAACUGGCAGCGAGGAUACUCCUGGAUCAAGGACAAGAGCAUCGGGUGGAGACGCCGCAUGGUAUUCUGCACGUGACCAUCCACGGGUCGAGGACCAGUCGCAGACCUGCUAUCCUCACCUUCCAUGAUGCGGGUCUGGAGAGUAAGAGCUGCUUCUCCACUCUGUUCAAGUUUGAGGAAAUGCAGGAAAUUGUGAAGAACUUCACACUGAUUCACAUUGAUGGCCCAGGACAGGAGGAGGGAGCCUCCGCGUACCCUGCAGGUUAUCAGUAUCCCUCCAUGGAGACCAUCGCUGAGAUGAUCCCUGCUGUCCUCACCUUCUUCAAUUUCCGUACUGUGAUCGGAGUAGGUGUGGGUGCCGGGGCAUACAUCCUCUCUAAGUUCACGCUUGCAAACCCGGAUUCUGUUGAAGGACUGGUUCUGAUCAACAUUGACACUAAUGCCCGAGGGUGGAUGGACUGGGCUGCUCAAAAGCUCAGCUCAGUAACGUCCUCCCUCACGGAGCAGCUCCUGUCUCACCUCUUCAGCCAGGAGGAGCUGUCAUCAAACACAGAACUAGUCCAGACUCACAGAGACCGUAUCUACAAAGCUUCAAACCAGAUCAACAUAGAACUCUUCUGGAAGAACUACCUGAACCGUAGAGAUCUGAACAUCGAGCGCAACAGCACGUUCAAGUGUCCAGUCAUGCUGGUGGUCGGUGACCAGGCUCCUUAUGAGGACGCAGCAGUGGAGUGCAACAGCAAGCUCGACCCAACAACGACCUCAUUCCUCAAGAUGGCCGAUGCUGGGGGACUUCCACAGCUCACUCAGCCGGCCAAACUAACGGAAGCCUUUAAGUAUUUCAUCCAGGGAAUGGGCUACAUGGCGUCCUCUUGCAUGACCCGGCUCUCUCGCUCUCGCACCACCUCUCUCUCUUCCUCAUACUCCAUGGAUGGCUCCCGCUCUCGCUCCCGCACCCUGUCUCAGGGCUCGCAGGGCGGCCAGAUGCCCCCAAGUCCAUCCCAGACCAUGGAGGUCUCCUGCUGAAGAAUCGGAUGAAGCGCGAGUGCAACUGCAGAUGAAUUGAAGUUCUUAUUUCUCACUAACCGCCUCCCAUCGUCCCCCUAAUGCUCAGAAUAGAAAUAGAGAUUGAUAAAUAGAGGGAGGAAGGGAUGGGAACAAGUCCUCACCCAGAGUUUUGCACCAAGUCCCCACCCUUACAUCCCCCUAGAAUGGCUGUGAAUGAAGCAGAUUUAGAACGCGAGAAGAGAUUAAUAAAAAGCGGGGUUCGGGCUAAAGAAGUGCCCUCUCUCCCUCCCUCUAGCUAAUAGAGUCCUUUAUUUUAGAUCCAUUAUGUGAUCUAUAGUGAUUACUACUUGUAAUAAUUCUAAAUCCUGUAUUGUUGUUGAUGCUGGUGAUGAAUAAUGAAAUGAUCGUGUCAUAGAGAGUAGUAACAACUAUCUCUUUAUUACACCACACGUUUAAAACAAUCUAGAUAUAAAGAUACACUAUACUAGCAGAGAUACUUAUAAUACUGUGUGUAUAUUAGUUUGUAGUGUGGUUUUAAUUACUUCGAUGAGUUUCUACUUCAUAUUUGUUACCUGCCUCAGUGAGUGACUCAUCAGUCACGAGCAGUCAGAGCCAUUAGGCACGAAACCAAAAUACACCGCCAGUACUGUUGUUUUCACUCCCGUCUUUAUGGAGAUCACAGUGGUUGUGUUGCUGAAGUUAGUGGUGUCAUGGCACACGGCUCACGUCCUGUCGGCUCUGCCGUUAUUUAUGGCCCGUCUCAUGAUUUUAUUAUGCUAAUUAUUUGAUGCACUUGUAACGAUAAUUUUUAAAUCAAAUGUGCGUUACCAAUCAUGAGUUCAGAAAAAUUUGAAGAGUGUGAAGUCUGUUUUGCAGCCUAUUUUUUAUUUUUAAUUUUGUACCAUGUGAUUGAGUAUUCUGCUCAGAGGUGUUGUUGAAAUCCAAGCAACGGGCUAAAAACCUGAGCUUCAGGGCUCACCUCCCAGAAUACCUAAAUAAAACAGUAUUACCCUGGUUUCAUCUUGAUUCCAAAAGGCUUCCAAGCUCUUAAUCUGAGGCCACAUUUCGCCAGGUGUGAGGACCUGGAUGAGAACCUACAUGAACGCUCAAGAUGAGAACAUUAAGUUGACCAGGUUGACCUCACAUGCGCCACUUUAGACUCGACUGGUCGUCUGGUUCCUUUAAAAAUCCUGCACCUCAAACACAUUCAUGAUGGAGUGAAAACAAACAUGCUGCACCCUUAUUUUGGUGGUGGUUCUUAGCUUUUAGCUCCCUGAUGUGCUGAGUACGUCUUCCAGAAUCCCUGUCUUUACUGUUUGUUUCCCCAGUUUGGUUGAUAAAAAUGAGAUUUUAUUAUUUGGAGCAGUUGGAUGCUUGCUGGUUUAUUUGUGUUGCAACUGUGGGUGUGUGCGCUGCCCUGCGCCCUGUGUAUAGAUAGUCAACACCAGUUGCACAUAUACAAGUGCUUCCAAUGUUUCUGCCACAUCCCUUCUUGGUAUCCACACUGGUGUUCUGUGGAUUCACGUGCAGCGUGGCAGGAAACCCUCACUGUGUUCAUCGUCUGGGCGGUAACCUCAAAGCCUUGCCCACGCAUGAAUACCUCCCAACACACGCAACAAUGAUACUUGAGUUCACACAGAAAACACACAUCGUUUUGUUUGCAUGUGACUGUCCCAGUGUUUGUGUGUUAAAGGGAAUUAAACAUGAGAUGGUUUCGCUUCAGAAAGCCUGAAUUUAGCUGUGAGCCCAACAGCUCUGACUCAUGGAUGACAAUGAACCAGCCUUUUCACUGCCACCACAUGCUGGGAAGAAGCUACUAGAUUACAUGCUCCAAAAUCUCAGAUGUGUUUGUUUAAACUGCCAAAAACUGGUGGCCAAAUAUUUGAUAUUGACUAAAUGAAAUUGUCCAAAAUGUAUUAGCAAAUACUUCUGUGAGAUGAAAGCCAACCACUGCCCUGGAUGAGACCAUCAGAGUGAUGUUGCAUUAAAAAAAAUAAUCAUGAUAAAAUAAACAAACACCCCUGAAGUUAGAAAGAUGCUGUGAUGUUGACGUCGUUGUGAGUAUUGGAGACAAAAUGAAGUGAAAGCUCAAUCUUAAGAAUGAGGGAGGAAAGAAAGUGAAAGAAGGAUCUUGGAAGUGCCGUGUUUGCUACUGGUGAUGUGGUGACACCAAGUGGAGCCGCCCACGCAAGGAUGCGAUGAAGUUAUUGCCAAAUAAAGAGGAGCGUUUCGCGAGGAGUCGAGCUGUGUGGUGCGAUUGUAACCGCUCGGCCAUUUUGUCUUUUGAUCCCUCUUUUUUUCCUUGUUUAUGUUUCACCUUUCGGUUGAUAUCUCUGUAAAGUGUUAAUUCGACGUCCUGAUGUGUUCAUGAGUUAGUUAAUAACGUGAUCAUGUGUGUUAAUGUGUAACUUUUAUUUCUUCUAGUAUUAGCACUGAUAAGGGAGAAUAUUAUUAACUAUCGAUUGAAAAAAAGAAAAAAAGAAGCGCAAUCAAGUUUGUGUGGCUAAUUUCUCUGUAACACAUUUAAUAAUCUUAAAAGGUAAAUAUUAAUAAAAAUAUCAAAGGAA